AUUGUGUGCGCUGUUUUGUCUGUGAGUGGUGCUGUGUGUGCCGAGCCGCUGCUGCUGCUGCCGAAGGAAACGGUUUAACGGAUAACUACGCAUACGACGCGAAGCCGAAACGCAAUCCGUACAAAUCGGGUCGGUUCUGGACUGUGCAUUUUGUAAUAGAAGCUCAGUUCGUUUCAAAAGGGAUCUCUUCGUCAUCCGAGGGAGCAUACGUUCCCCGGAGAGACCGUGGCAGACUCUCAAUGUGCUCCGAGCAUGUCUGCGGCUGCAGGGCUAGCUCACAAGGGGGAAUCCAAGUCCAAGAAGUCCUAUGCCACCCUAGACAUAAAUAAUAUCUACAAGGGCAAGUCGUUGGAGGGUCCGAAGUCGUCGGCGAUCGGCUCUGGUGCGAAGCAUGGACUACAAUCGCUUGGAAAGGUUCAGGUGGGCCGGCGAAUGCCGCCGCCUGCCCUGCUGCCCAGCCUGAAGAGUGAAAAUCUUGGCAACAACCCUAAUGUCACUCUAGUACCUACGGGAGGUCAAGGAUGGGGUGUCACGAAGAGCAGUGGUCAGGGGCAGGGGGCGGCGGGUGGUUUAAUGUCGGGGGGCGGGAGUGGGACAAACAACAACAACAACAACAGCAGCAACAACAACAAUACAAGUCCACAAUCAUCGGAUCAACCAAUGUCGCACCUGGAUGGCCGCACGGCGCCUGGUGGCGAGAACGGUCUUGGGGGCCUGGGCGGCCUGGGGAAUCUUUCGGUCGGUGGAGUAGGAGGUGGUCGGGAGGGCUCGAUGAUGAUGAUGAUGAACAAGGGGGGAGGCAGCGGCGGGGGAGGCGGAGGGAACAAGACGUGGAGCAGUGUGGCAACCGGGGUCCAGGGCGGCCCGGGUCAACACAAUGGGAACAACAACCAGCUGCCAUUCUUUCCGGGCGAGUUCCCAACGCUCAAGAACGAAACAGCGGGUGGUGGGGCGGGCGAAUGUGGCGGCCGGGGCUCGGGUGGCCCGGGAACUGGUGGUGGUGGUGGCUCGCUCAGCAAUGCGGACCGGGAGGGAGCAGCUGGAGCUGGAGGAGGAGGAGCGGGAGCAGGAGUUGGAGCCGGAGUCGGCGGCCUGGGUGGCGGCAGUACAGCAACCCAGUACGGGCCAGGACCAGCAUUACGUCCCGUCGAGUCAAAUUGGUCGAAAGGAAGCGCGGGCGCCAUGGUCGCAGGCCAGACGGGCGGACCGAGCGCUGGCAGUGGCGUGAACGGUCUGGCGCUCAAGCCGAGGCCUCCGUCACCUCUCGGCUCUUCGCCCGGUGACCCUCUUGGGAUGGGCUAUCCGCCCACAAUUUCUAAAGGACUCGGCGGACACGGUGGCCAUCGAGCCCAACAGCAGGGACCGCCCGGAGAUCACCGCGUGUCCACCAUGCCCAACGGAACAACGCCGCUAUUUACACGUGAGCGUGACGAGCGCGAAAGCGGUGGCCCAGUGGGGCCACGUGGUGGUGGCGGCGGACGUGGACCCCGCGGCGAGCGUGGCUAUCGUAAUGAUCGUGAACGAGGCGGAGAUCGUGGAAUGAGCAACGACCCCCGAGGAGGUGACGUAGACCCGCAUUCGAAGUCUGUUCUCAAACACUCGACGAUCAUCUCGGAUCAGCAGCUCGAAGGCUUCGACCGUAUUCUUAAUACCGGUGAAUCGGACUGGUCAGCAGCCAAAGGCGAUAUCGACUACAACGCGAAGCUGUGCUUCUCCGACGAGGAGGAAGAGAACACUGGCGAUGACGGCGAUUUUGGUGGCGGACAACAACAAAUGUAUGAAGGAGGAGGAGGAGGUGGACGCGGAGGCCGACGGGACACUCGUGAUUCGGCGUCCCCAAUGGGCGGCGGAGGUGGUUAUCACGGUGGGUAUCACCAGAGCAGUGCGCACGGGGCCGCCCGCGAGCAGCCGGGCCAGAAGCAGCUGUGGACCCCCUCAGGCCAGCAAGAAGGACGUGGUGGUGGUGAGCCACAGCACCAUCGUGAUCCCGAUGCCUGGAGGGAAGGCCGCCACGGCCGCUUGAAGGACGGUCGCGAGUCGGGAGGCCAAGGUAGCGGAGGAGAAAGACGUGGAGGACCUGCACCUGCCCAGCAAUGCGUGUUUGAGGAGGACUCGCAGGAAGGUUGGCGCCACAAAGCCAACAACAAUGCGAAAUGCGCUAGAAAUGAAAUGAUGAAAUGUGUGGAGCGGGCACGCACCAUGCGACGCGAUUCUGAAAAACGCCUCUCAGAGCGGGCUGAUGGGGAUCAUUAUUCGAUGAUGAUGUCGUCAGGUGGCGAUGGUUACGGUUCAGGAGACUGCGGUGGCAACAGUGGCCGAAAUAACCAGUCGGGUGGCCGAAAAGACCAGCAGGGUCUAUCGCAACAGAGGGAUCGCCGGGGACCCGGUGGGGGUUCAGGUGGCGUCGUCGACAUGAAUAAACUGCCACCGCGGUUCGCCAAAAUGCACAUGAGCGGUGGCGGUCAGCAGAUGCAACAACAGCAACAGCAGGGUGACGGUGGCAGAGGCUGGGGCGGUCAGCAGAUGCAACAACAGCAACAGCAGGGUGACGGUGGCAGAGGCUGGGGCGGUCAGCAACAGUCGUCUAGUGGCACAGAUGGGAACAAUCGUAGUCGUUCUGACAGCAGCUCAUCCAACAACAAUAGCAACGUCCUCAUGAUGGAACAGCAACAGGACAGCAAUGUGUGGCAAAUGAAUAAAGAGAACCGUGCUAGAAGCCUUCGUGGUGAUGAUAAUAAGAGCCCAAGUCCUGGCGUAAUGACGGGAGGAGGCCAGUCUCACCAGUCGCAUGACAACAUGUGGAGCUCCCAGGAUCAGCACACUGGCGGUGGAAAAAACGCCGGAGGAGCUGCUUGGGGGGACCAAGGUUGCGGACUGUUCGAUACCCCUCAGCAGCAGAGGCAAAUGCAACAGCAACAUGGCAAGCAGGGCAGUGGCGGGGGCCACGGCAAUCGACAGGGCUCCUCCGACAACCAAGGUGGGAGCAGCCUUGACGGGCACGAUAAUUCUGCUUCUUCUGGGAAGCAACAAAGAGCUGGCUUUUCAGCACUUAAAAAAGACGGAAGCGGCAAGAAGGAUAGCGAGAGUGACUCCCUGGAUAAGUCCGAUGGAUCACUGAAAGGUCGCGGAGCUUCCAAAAAGGGUGCGGGGCCAUCUUCCCUAAGUCACCACGGCGGAGGGCACGAGAGUGACGGUGUCGGCUCAUCCAAUGACGAAGAGCAGCAGCGAGGCUUUUCCCCUCGUGGUGAACCAUCGCGUCGCGGAAGGGGCGGUGGCAGGGGCGGAGCAGCGCCCACUCGAGGCGGGGCCAGUUCAUCUAGACAGCAGCAGUUCCCUUCUGCCGACAACCGCGGAAGCGGAGCGUCUGGACCUGGGUCUACCGGGUCGGGCACUCAGCAGAAGGGCAGCGGCUCUGGUGGAGGCACCGGUUACUCCGCCGGUGGCGGCAAGGACUCGGGUGCUCGCAGUGGUGGUGGGCGCAGUGGUGGCAGGAGUGGUACCAGCUCCGCCCCGGGUGGUCGCUCGGAGAGAAAUACCCAAGGCGCCCAAGGCGGUGUGGGUAAAGAUGACACCACGGCGCGCUUCCGCCGACACGACGAUUUCGAUGAGGCAUUGACCGAAGAGGACGAGCGCGGUGGCGGUGGUGCCAAAUUUGGCGGGGGUGGUGGUGACCGCGAUCGUCGACAACGCGACACUGGCGGCAGCAAACAGCAGCAAGGUGGUGGGACCGCUGCUGGCAACAGGGAAAGAGGGGGAGAUCGUGACCGGGAUAGAGCGGAUCGAGGGGACCGGGAUAGAGAACGUGAACGCGAAAACGCCAGCAGGCGCCAGGGGGGAGGAGGAGGAGGAGGAGGAGGAGGCGAAAGCGGCCGAAGUGGAGGAGCAGCUGACGGACGUGGCAAAGACGGCGGUAGAGUCGACCGAGAUCGUCGCGAUGAUCGAGGCGGCGACCGUGAUCGAGGUGGCGUCAAGUCGGGCCAGCAACAGGAAGGAAAAAAGCAGCAGGAUCAGGGCUCUGCAGGCAAUAACCGCGAAAAAUCAACCCUUCAAAAGGACAAAAAGCAACUGCAGCAGGACAGCAAUGUAAACCAAGCUACACCGCAGCAACAGCAGCAACAAAAGAAGGAAGGCCCAAAGGGCGGUAGCGGUAACGAGCAGCAAUCAAGCGGAACUGGCUUAACUAAAAAGGACAGCGGUCACGCGAGCCAGCAGCAAAAGGCCGGAGUGUCCGGAGGUAGUGGCAGCACCGUAAGAAGCGGUACUCCUCCGCAGAAGAAAGAGGUUCCUGCUCCAGCAGCGUCAUUGAAAAAGGAGGCUGGUACCAAUGCCUGGGGCGACUCUGAAGUGACCGCGUCCUCUGGACCGGCUGGAAUAGAGUUUGGCAACUUCGGCGAGAGCGAAGACCUAAAUCUUAAGAUUCAAUCGGUGAAGAAGGUCUGGGAUACUACUGCCACCCCGUCAUCAGCUGACACUCAAGCGGUUGUUGGACAACAAAGCGGCAGCCAGACUCACAGUCACACUGGCUCUGUUGUCAGCGGCUCAGGUCAGCCCGUAAGCGCUGUUGGUGCACCGUUACCCCAGACGCACCAGCAAUCGUCGCAUGGCGGUCAGGGUGGGCCGCAGACCGUAACGCAAAUGCCCUUCUUCCCGAUGUCGGCAGGCCAAGAUCCAGCUGGAGGCCACAAAGACCCCUCCGGUAGCAGUUUACAGGUCGGUGUCAGUGUCGGACAGACGGACAUGGGCGCCUCUGCGCAAGUUGUGUCGAGCUUCCAGCAAGCUUAUGCUGCAGCUGGUGGCCAACAACAGCAACCGUCAGGCAAACAGCAGCAACAAGCGCAGCAGCAGCAACAACAACAACAGCAGCCUCUUGCCACAAUGGGCCAUCAGCAGCAGGCGCAACAGCCGCAACAUCAGCAGCCGUAUUAUCAGAUGCUGCCUCAGCAUCAGCCGAAAUAUCAUCAUCAGGCAGCGGCAGCUGCUGCAGGUGCAGCAACAGUGCAGCGCUCCGUUCAUCAUCAGAUGACCCCGUCAGGCUAUCCUCAAGCUGGUCACAUGACAGCUGCACACGCUGGCCAAACACCGUUGGAUCCAGCGCAUAUGCGUGCGUACGCCGCUCAACAGCACUCCGCCGCAGCAGCGGCAGCCGCUGCGCAGAUGUACGGCCCCCAGUUCCAAAGUCCGCCGCCAGCCGGUGCAACUCAUCAUGGCCAUACGCAUUUGGCUGCGACCGGUCAGGCUGGACCAGGUUCAAGUGCCGCCGCUGCAAGUGAUCACUCAUAUCCGUACUUCUCCCAACAACAGCAGCAACAGGAUCUGUAUCGCUUUCAGCAACAGCAACAACAGCAGAGUCAAUAUCGAGCUCAUGGAUAUUUUCCAGCCCCCACAGCCACCCCAACGGCGGCUGGCCCUUAUGGAUCAGCCCAACAAAGCGGGCACUAUGCCCAACAUGCCAUAAGUGGGCACAGCCAUUACCCCGCGGCGAUGCAGACGCCCCCACAGCCGGCGGCCGCUUUUUCAACUGCUGGCAUAUACGCGCACGCCGGUCACAACCCGCAGGCGGCAGCGCGAUACAGCGCAACGAUGAAGGACGCUAGUGGCCAACAGCCACCUCAGCAGCAGACCUCCUAUGAGCAGAGUACGCCUCCGCCUUACGGACACGCGGCGGUCGGCCACGGCCACGGAAGUCAGCAACAUACCGCCCAGCAGCAACAGCAGCAACAACCUGGGCCGUCGCGACCUGGACAGGCCUCAUUGGGCACCGUCGGACCUGUCGUGUCUGGCGUGGGCAGCAGUAAGCAAGCGGGCGGCACCGCGGGGCCUCCAUCAUUUGGACCACCGGCUUCAUCUGGGUCUAGCGGCCUAUUCGGUGGUGGCGGGAAUCACCCAGCAGCUGGUGGACAACGAUCCACUCCCCAAUACGGCGGCCAUUCUGGCCAGCAACAGAUGAUGAAUCAGGGCGGCUCCGUUGGCAGACAGGGCGCCGGUGGGAAUCCGAAUGGUUCUAACGCUGGCCAUCAAACCCAGCAAGGUCAACGCUAUCCAUCGGGCAAGUCGCCAGGCUACACCCAUCACUGAGACGAUAAUGAGAAUAAUGAAAACAAAACAGAAGAUGAAGACCCAACUUCCUUCCAUUAAGUCGUCCUCUCCUUUAUUACUUCGACUAGAACUGCUGCAACUCUACCGCUACUUCGACCAUUACUACAACUACUGGGUUGUCCCUUAAACACACAACAGCAACAACAACACGGGUGAAGCGAUGCUCGAUCAAUAGGCAGUGGCUGUGUUCUGCGGCCGUACAUCUUGUGCAUCUGGGUAAGCUCGUGGCUUAAUUGAUGUACCUUUUUCCAUUCUCUCAAACAUAGGUGUCAUGUAGACGACGGCUAGUGAUCACGCUCCUGUUCCAGUAUAGCUAUUUAUGAUGACUAUGAUAAGGAUGAUGAUGAUAAUGGUGAUUAUAUUAAUCAUGCGUGAAUGACUCUUACAAAAACAAACAUCAAAGAAAAAAAGCAAAACAAACAAAUAAUUAAUAAAUAAACAAAAACGAAUUGUCUAUUUCUAACGGGCGAUAUAGCUGUCAGUGCUCGGGUUUGAAUUAUUAAUAAUAAUAAAUAUUAUUCAACAUUCACGAGUCCGAUUUACUAAAAUUCAAGCCUCUUCGUUACGAAUCAAAAUUAACGUAAAGCAGCAAAAAUGGGAACGAUAAAAAACAGUAGCAAGUAAAAUGAAAGCGACAGACAAAUUCCUAUUUGUAAUCGCCCCCUACGAUUCAUUCAUUCUGCAGUUCAUAUAAUAACGUUUUUAGUUUUAGAAGUAUACUGUAAUAAUUCUUCUACAUAUUACAGAUUAUAAUGCUACUAUUACUACUACUAAUAAUAAUAAUAAAUCAGUAACUGACGCUUCUGAAAAAACGCUGUCUGAUGACGUGCUUACUUGAAAAGUUAACCUUACUGAUAUGAGUUUGCAUAUGUACCUGUAUGAGGAAACCUAAUUACAGCGCAACAAGCUACCCAUCUGUCGUCAAUCUCUAACGACAUCCUGUUGUCAAAUUGUCUGUUUCGUUGUCAGACUCAACAACAAAGAAACAAAUCAGUUGUUUAUUAUUAGGUGAGAGCGAAUUGUUUUGAUCGUUCAUUGAAAAUAUUUACAGAACCGCGCACGAAUAAUGUGGAUUGAUUGGACUUGAUUAUCGGCAACGGCAGAAGGCGGUUAAAUGAAGGUUCUGUUGAUCGCAGAGCUGUCAGCCGAGGAGAACCCCAUCCCCCUGUAACAACUCGCAAUGAACAACUACAGCUCUCUCUGUAAGCAGUUUCAUUCCACAUCGAUACUUGUACGUCUGUCUCAAUCUAUCCCUAUAUUUAUACGGCGAUCGCGGUGAUUGUUGAGAAUUAAAUCGAUCAAGUAUUAAGAGCACCAUUAUGAUCCAAUCAAUGUCAACGAACGUGUGCUGCAGCUACAGCAUAAACAAAAGGGCGGGUAGAGAUAAUCGGGCCGAAGUUGAAUCACCCCAUAAGCUGACUAAUAUCAGGACAUAAGCACAGUCAUUAUGUCUUUCAUUCAUUGGCAAGGUUUGAUUGGUUAACCUUGACAAAGCUUUUGUCAGAUACAUCGUUAGAUUAUUACGUCACUACGCCAGUUAUAACAAGAAUAAGUCGAAGUAGUGGACCCCAUAGCGUACAGAAUUGCAAAGAAAAGCGCCGAAAAAAUAUUGGGACAUAGUUACAAUAAAUCGAAAAUGCUGUGGAACAUCUAUGACGAUGUGAGCCUUCUUUUGCUGGUAGCUCGGCAUUAAUUACUACUGUAAUUGUAUCUCUUUUACCCCGGUCGUGAUAAUCUAUUGGUUAAAUUCUAUUCCCAUUAGUUUGCAUUUUUCGUCGUCGGAGUCAGAUAAUAGCAACAUUUGAUAAACGAAGUAUUUGUAGUGCGAAUAAUGAUAGCAGUAACAAUAAUAUAGUGUAGCGUCAAUGCGAUAUUCAGAUGAACAUGUGUUAGUUGGUGAAAACGCACUACUGCUAUAAUAACUACUAUGACGCAAUUAGCACCCUCCUACGACUAAUACUUUAUCCAUAUGGUGAUCGCAGGGCAGAGCCGACGAGUUCAUUCGCCCCUAUAUAUAUAUAUAUAUAUAUAUAUAUAUAUAUAUAUAUAUAUAUAUAGCCUUGUUAUUAGAAAAGCUAGGUCGUCUGGGCUUACUAAAUGGUAUUGAUUAAAAUUAUUAUUACUAAAAUCAUAUGCAUAAUACGAUAACGAUUUAGGCAUCUUCGUGGCUCAUUCUUCACCUUCAAAUGUAUGUUUAAGGGGAAAUUAGGUGAUGCAGGCGCUGGUGAAAACUAGAAGAGAGGCUAAUGGAAACUAUAUAGUCGGCACAGAUAUUUUUCCGGCACACCGGUCGCAGAUUCUUCUUCCAACGGUGGCGUCACCCCUGAGGGUGAUCGACGACUGAAAAUUUGAGAUGCGUAAUCGUUAAAGUUGAACAAUACGAAUUAAAUACAUUUAACAAUGUGUCCCAGGUUGCCGUGAGAUCAGCACAACGAGUAAAACAUGGAAAUGCAUAGCGACUAUUACACGCUCUGCUGGUGUCGCCAAGUUCGCUACGAGUGCACGACGACAUCAUACUGUGCCGCUAACAACUGCAGUUAUAAGCGAGAAGAGCCGAUAUUAUGAUUUGUCGAACGACAGCAACCCGUAGUUAGCACCUCGUUUCACGCACAGAUGUUGUCAUUGUGGGCGCAACGCGGCAAACUUAACCGGGGACAAUCAGUCAGAUAUGAAAUGAUGAGUAUUGGAAGAAGGUGGUUUGUUCUAGACUGUCUAGAAUUCAGGAUGUAUAAUUCUCUUAGUCGUUUUUCACUUUCUCUAGGAGUGUGAUGGAGAUUUCUGGUUCUUGACGCCGAAGUCUAUUCGUUCCCGAGCACUAUUACCGCGACUUGUGCGUACGUGGACAACGACUUCCGCAAGGUCGUAGCCGCCUCAGAUAGAUUCACAAAUAACAAUUAUCAUUACAAAUAAUUACUCUGUACUAAAAGCGUACAAUGAUAGAUUAUGCUUUGUCAUCAACAAAGACCAUAACAACUCAUGACAAGUGGAUUAAUGUACACAGCAGUCUUCACUGUGACAUGAACGUUAAUAGUAGUAGUGUUGAUAAAUGAGAAAAAAAUUAUGUUAGGACUCUGAAGGAAGCAGAUAAUGAUGCAGAAGCUGCUUCGAGAGAUCUUUGGAAGCAAAGAUGUAGCCAACGACUUCUCAAAUAGAAGAAAGUAUAAUAGAAUAAAGCGAGCAGUAUAACAUCACACAAAUUGGUUGAUACUAUCGGGGUCAAUAAGAACGGAACAGCAACUGGAGUGUUGCCGUAAUCAUGUCGGUAGUUUUUCUACGUAAAGACACCGAGACAACAUCAUUAAUCCUUUUACCAACAACGGACUUGCUUACCGCUGUGGCUAGCCGGCACGACACGAUAAUGGAUGGGGCGAGAUAAUCAGUUGACGGUGUUUGUUUUGUGACGGAAAUCGUAAUAAUGCUAAUAAUCAUAAAUGCCUCAAGGAAUGAAGGCCAGACGCUUUUGACGUAGAAGAGCCACAACAAGCACAAUCUCGGAAACACAUAGAAGCUAUCGCUCUGACAAAAGUAUCGACCAACGAGAGACAGUUCCGAGACGAUAGUUUUUAAGUACAUAUAUAUAUAUAUAUAUAUACCUAUGCUAUAUCUAUAUUAACAAGAGCAACAAAUAAACCAUAAAUGUAUUGAUGUAUUAUACUACCAUAAGCACAGCAAGAACAAUACCAUCCAACGACAAAAAGCGUAAGGACAGCAACUGAUAACAAUGCAACUACAAAAACCAACUGAAACAAGCUGCGUGUUUCCUGGUGAUAUUCCCACGUAUUUUGAAAAGACAUUUGCGCCUGAUUUUAUGCGUAGUACGCGCAGGGCUGCAUUGUCAUUUUGAAAAAAUGAGAUGGAUUUUGAGCAAUUGUCGACAAACAAUUUGCUGCUUUUAACUGACUCGUUUUCUUCGAGUAGGAAUUACGACCCGACUUAGGUAGUCGCCAGAUAAGACAUCAGCAAGUGCCUGCCAUCUGCUUGAAGGGUACACAAUAAUAGACCUAUGACUUUUCAUGGUGGGUGAAAGAAACAACUGAUGAUGUUGAGAAAAACGGUUUCUAGGAAUGAAUGAUCAGAUGCCCUUUGAGAGCCAGUACCGGCGGCACAAGCACAGCUUGCUAAAUAGUGCACAUAAGCGACGUCCUUUAGCAGACUGUGAAGCGCGACCAUAAACCAACGAGGUUAAGAACACACACCAAACUGCCAUCCAAUAUUAAAUAAUGCCGCAUAUCGGAAACGCAUCGUGCAAUUGCCAGCGCAGAGGACGAAUUGGCAGCACUUCAAUAAUUGACUGUUCCAUAUUACCUCGUGGUGUCAGAAAUAAAAGCCGGUGGUGAUGAAAAUCGCGUCCAAAGGACAGGUCAAUCUCAAGCACCUCUGAACCGGCGAUGAAUCACAAAAAAAACGCGUCAGAAGGAAAAAGCAAAUGUUUUUAGUAACAGAUAGGAAUCGUCGAAUGAAAACGUGGUAAUCCCAACGGAGUGUCAUGCCGUGCAGUAAAUGUAGAUUUAUUAUUACCAAGUACUCUAUAAAAAAAAAAGAAGCGCAAUAAAAGCAACGAAAAUGCCGCGAGCAUCAA